AGCGCACCAUGCCCGCCGUAGUCGGCGCCGGCCAGGGGAGCGGGGCCGUGCCCCCUCGGCCGCCUGCCCGCCUCUGCCUGCUGGCCCUGGCCCUGGCGCUGAGCGGGCGCGGAGCCACGGCCGAGCCCUCCCGCACCCUCUACACCAACCACUGGGCCGUGCGGGUGCGGGGGGGCCCCGCCGAGGCCGCCCGCAUCGCCGCUGCCUAUGGGUACAUCAGCCUGGGGCAGAUUGGGAGCUUAGAAAACUACUACCACUUCCACCACAGCAAGACGUUUAAGCGCUCGACGCUGAGCAGCCGAGGACCGCACAACUUCCUCCGCAUGGACCCCAAGGUGGACUGGCUGCAGCAGCAGGAGGUGAAGCGGCGGGUGAAGAGGCAGGCCCGAGGUGAGCCACACGCCCUGCCCUUCAACGACCCCGUGUGGCCCAACAUGUGGUACCUGCACUGCAGCAAUAAAAGCAGUCGCUGCAGGUCAGAGAUGAACGUCCUGGCAGCCUGGCAGAGGGGCUACAGCGGCAGGAACGUGGUGGUCACCAUCCUUGAUGACGGCAUAGAAAGAAACCACCCUGACCUCCUGCAAAACUAUGACCCUCUCGCCAGCUAUGACGUCAAUGGAAACGACCACGACCCGACUCCGCGCUACGAUGCCAGCAACGAGAAUAAACAUGGCACUCGCUGCGCGGGGGAGGUGGCAGCGGCCGCCAACAACUCGUACUGCAUCGUGGGCAUCGCCUACAACGCCCGCAUCGGAGGCAUUCGUAUGUUAGAUGGCGAUGUAACAGAUGUUGUUGAAGCGAAGUCGCUUGGCAUCAGACCCGAUUACAUUGACAUUUACAGCGCGAGCUGGGGGCCAGAUGAUGAUGGGAAGACAGUUGAUGGACCUGGUCUAUUGGCCAAACAGGCUUUUGAGCAUGGCAUUAAAAAGGGCCGCAGGGGCUUGGGCUCCAUUUUUGUCUGGGCAUCGGGGAACGGCGGCAGGGAGGGCGACUACUGCUCCUGUGAUGGCUACACCAACAGCAUCUACACCAUCUCCAUCAGCAGCACCACUGAGAAUGGCUACAAGCCCUGGUACCUGGAGGAAUGUGCCUCCACCCUUGCCACGACCUACAGUAGUGGGGCUUUUUACGAGCGGAAAAUAGUCACCACCGACCUCCGGCACCGCUGCACUGACAGCCACACCGGCACCUCUGUGUCCGCCCCCAUGGUGGCCGGCAUCAUCGCCUUGGCUUUGGAGGCAAACCCCCUGCUCACCUGGAGGGAUGUCCAGCAUCUGCUGGUCAGAACCUCGCGGCCAGUGCACUUGCGAGCGUCGGACUGGAAGACCAACGGCGCGGGACAUAAAGUUAGCCAUCUAUAUGGCUUUGGUCUGGUGGAUGCAGAUGCUAUUGUGGUGGAAGCCAAGAAGUGGAAGUCAGUCCCUCCCCAGCACGUCUGCGUGGGAAGCCUGGACAGGGUGCCCAAGUACAUCCGUGCAGACCACGUGCUGCGCGCCAGCACCCUCAGCAGCGCCUGCGCCGAGCAGCGCGACCAGCACGUGCUGUACCUGGAGCACGUGGUGGUGCGGCUCAGCAUCUCGCACCCGCGCCGCGGAGACCUCCAGAUCAGCCUCAUCUCUCCAGCAGGGACCAGGUCGCAGCUCCUCGGCAGGAGAGUGUUUGACCAUUCCAAUGAGGGCUUCAAGGGCUGGGAGUUCAUGACUGUCCACUGCUGGGGGGAGCGGGCGGCAGGGGAGUGGACCCUGGAGAUCCUCGACACGCCGUCCCAUGUGCGCAACCCCACCGUGCAGGGGAAGCUGAAGGAGUGGAGCCUCCUCUUCUAUGGGACAGCUGAGCACCCCUACAGCACCCCAGGCAGCCCCCAGUCCCGCGGGAGGGUGGUGGAGGUGCCAGCAUCAGAGAUGGAGCCGUCGAGAGCUGCUUUCCUGCAGAGCCAGGUGGAGGUGGCAGAGGAAGAGGAGGAGUACACGGGUCUGUGCCACCCUGAGUGUGGUGACCAGGGCUGUGAUGGCCCCAACGCUGACCAGUGCUUGAACUGCAUCCACUACAGCCUGGGCAACAUGAAAACUGGCAGGAUGUGUGUGAGCUCCUGCCCCGCGGGGUUUUUCGGUGACAAAGGCGCCCGGAGGUGCCGCCGGUGCUACAAGGGCUGCGAGCGCUGCGUCGGGAGAGGACCGGCCCAGUGCACAGCGUGCAAGAGGAGCCUCUACCACCACCAGGAGAUGAGCACCUGCGUGGUGCUGUGUCCACCUGGGUUCUACGCCGAGGAACGUCAGAAACGUUGUCUGAAAUGUCAUCAAAGCUGUAAAAAAUGUGUUGGCGAAGCAGACAAAUGUACUGCAUGCAAAGAUGGAUUCAGCCUGGCAGGGGAGAGCUGUGUGCCGGAGUGCCAGCCUGCCAUGUACCUCAGCCGGGAGCCCCGGCAGUGCGAGACCUGCCCCACUGGCACAGGGCCAGGUGAGGAAGACUGUGCACCCUGCACCCCCGAGGGCCCCGUGUCCCACUGGCACUGUGUCCCUGCCUGCCGCCCUGGCUUCUACCCCGCCGACAGCCACGGGCUGCCCAACAAAGUCUGCAAGAGGUGUGAUGACCACUGCUCGGCCUGUGAGGGCUCCAGUGGAAACUGCCUCAAGUGCAAAGAAGGUUUCAGUCUCCUCGGUGGCUCCUGUGUAACAAAUGAAACCUGCACCAACGCUGACAAGACUUUCUGUGAGAUGGUGAAAUCAAACAAGCUCUGUGAAAAGAAGCUGUUUGUGCAGUUCUGCUGUCAGACGUGUCUUAUGGCUGGGUAAAGUUCAGCGGCUGCAUCCAUCCCGGACUUCCACCAACUGCCAGCCCAGUUUUGCCAAGUGUUUAGGACAAAAGUUUUAUUUUUUCAGCUUUGGGAGAGUUGACGUGGUGCUGUCAAGCAUCUGCUCAUAAGUUUGAUAGCUUUAAUAUCACUGUCAGCACGUUUCUAUAGCAAUAUGUUAAGCAGAGGCUGGAUUGUACCCUGAAUGAUCAAGCCUGAGAGGCAGCAGACAAGCGGUGAUAUUAAUACUCUCAAACAGUCCUCGUGAGCAGGGACUGAUGCAUGAUCCAUGUACCCAAGCCUGAUUCUUCACAGAAAACCUCCUGAUGUGCCCACUCCGAGAGGCUGGUGGGAGCCCUGGCUGCACAGGGUGCAGGACUUGACACAUCAGAGAGGAAAGAGCCGUUCAUGGCUCAGGUGUUGGUUCCCUUUCCUGACAGACCCUGCAUGGCUGGCGCCGCGCUCUGUGCGCAGGGAAAACGAGGAGCCGGGUGGUUCCCAGAGCAGUGCCCUGCUGGGAUUCCGGCGGUAGCUGUUUCCCUCUGGCCGUGGCAGUAACUGGAGAUUUGAGGACCAAAGCAAGAGCUGAUCCACAGGGCUGUGCAGGCCUGUCAGCCCAGCGGGGCUCUGCCCUGCAGGAGACUGCAGGCUGGCAAAACCUGUGUGCCUGCAGGGAGCCCUGGGGGCUGGGGGGGUUUGUCUGCACGGACCAGCCUGCGGGGACACGGUCUUGCCACAAAUUGUAUUUCCCUCCUGGAACUGCUAGGAAGUUGCUGAUUAAUUCUGUUCUGGAAUAUGCUAGAUCCUUCCUUUAAACGAGGUGGUGUCCUGAUUAAUCUCUUCUAGCGUUUUGCGUUGUGAUCCUUCCUGUUUCACUGGGUACACCCCCUUUCUCACAAAAUCCUCCUGUCCGGGGCAGGGAUUUUCCUUGGGCAUCUGUUUCCAGAAGAGACAUUCCAGAGAUCUGGCCAGGAAACUCUUAAUUUUACAAAACCCUUACCUGAAAAAAACCUUUUCACAUUUUCUCUUAAUAGUAAGUCAUGUGGUGUUUAUAUAAUUGUGUUUAAAAUAUCCUUGGCUAUGUUGUUUUACAGAUUUUAAAAAAAUAACUUAUACAAUCCCUUUUUUUUUGUUUUUCCUCUGUGGACUAUUUUUUAUAUGGGAGUGGGGAAUCUUUUUUUGUCUUGCGUCCUUUUCUCCUCUCUGACCUUGCAGAGCUGCUCUUUACAUCAGACGUAUGUAAACACUUUCCUACACUGCAUGUUCUGAUUUUUUUUUUUACUGUUAAUAGUUUUAACGAGUUCAACCUUUUGCCAAUGAAAUUCAUGGUAUGAAUUGUCACCAGUUCCUCCUGGAGCUGGGAUAAUCCCUGCUUGGUUUCGGUUGCAACGACACACACCCUGCCUGGGCUUGCCUGCUAGAGCUUUACCUCAGCCGGGUGAAGAGGGGAGAGCCACCCCGUCACCGGUCCUCACCUGCCUGGGCCAGCCCCAAGGAAAGAUGGAGCUUUGGUGAACUGACCUUUAAGUUAAUAAACUGUUGAUCUCUCCUUACAAA